UUUUACUUUGGCUGAGCCCCGUCGCGGAUUGCAGUUUGGUUGUGUUCUCUUAGCUGGGGUUUCCGUGUAAUAGGCGCCGUGGUGACCGGCCAGCGGCUUCCUGGCGCUCCGGCCUCGCUCAGGACGACUGUCUCAGGGACCUUUCGUGUAGGACCCGCUUUUUGUCAAAAUGGCAGCGCCCAUCGCGUACUGGUGUCCAUGAAGUGGGAGAUUGAGCUGUGGGUGAGAGCGUGUAAGCUUGCCGCGUUUCUGAUUUUGAAACAUCCCGGGUCUGAGCUCCCUGGAGGACGGUGAACUGCUUUCGAGAGACUUUUCAAGUCUGCAGGAGGACCUGGAGCCAUCAAGGGCUCUCUCUGCAUGUGGUUGGUGCCCACAGUUAUUUCUUGAACACAAGGCCACAUCAACAGGGACCUGGGUACUGUUUUCUACAGCUGCUUCAUCAUUUUGCUUUCUCACCAGCGGUGCACAGAGUUCCAGUUUCUCUACGCAAGAGAAUCUGUGAGGAGUUUCUAUGAUGGUUUGUUCAGCUCUCUGGAGGGCUGCCCAUGCACAUGUCUGCCUGGUGAGGAAGAUCAGUCCUGUCAGCAGAAGCCAUCAGCAUCAAGUGUGGGGCUCCAGGCCGGCUACAUCAGAGUUUGUUGCCCAACGAGCUCCAGGCAGUGUCACAGAGUUGCUGGGCAAGUCCUACCCUCAGGAUGACCAUACCAACCUCACCCAGAAGGUCCUGUCCAGGGUUGGCAGGAAUCUGCACAACCAGCAGCACCACCCUCUGUGGCUGAUCAAGGAGAGAGUGAAGGAGUACUUCUACAAGCAAUAUGUGGGCCGCUCUGGGACACCACUAUUCUCGGUCUAUGACGACCUUUGUCCAGUGGUCACCACCUGGCAGAACUUUGAUAGCCUGCUCAUCCCAGCUCACCACCCCAGCAGGAAGAAGGGGGACAAUUACUACCUGAAUCGAACUCACAUGCUGAGAGCACACACUUCUGCACACCAGUGGGACUUGGUGCAUGCAGGACUGGAUGCCUUCCUGGUGGUGGGUGACGUCUACCGGCGUGACCAGAUUGACUCCCAGCACUACCCAGUUUUCCAUCAGUUGGAGGGUGUUCGACUCUUCUCCCAGCAUGAGUUAUUUGCUGAUAUAAAGGAUGGAGACUGCCUGAAGCUCUUUGAACAAAGUUCUCGCUCUGCUUAUAAGCAAGAGACACAUACCAUGGAGGCCUUGAAGCUUGUAGAGUUUGACCUUAAGCAAACUCUCACCAGGCUUGUGGCACACCUGUUUGGAGAUGGGUUGGAGAUAAGAUGGGUGGACUGCUACUUUCCUUUUACUCAUCCUUCCUUCGAGAUGGAGAUCAACUUCCACGGAGAAUGGCUAGAAGUUCUUGGCUGUGGGGUGAUGGAACAGCAACUGGUCAAUUCAGCUGGUGCUCAAGAUCGAAUCGGCUGGGCUUUUGGCCUCGGGUUAGAAAGACUGGCCAUGAUCCUCUAUGACAUCCCUGAUAUCCGCCUCUUCUGGAGUGAAGACGAGCGCUUCCUGAAGCAGUUCUGCAUCUCCGACAUUAAUCAGAAGGUGAAGUUCCAGCCUCUCAGCAAAUACCCUGCCGUGAUAAAUGACAUCUCAUUCUGGUUGCCCUCUGAGAAUUACACAGAGAAUGAUUUCUAUGACUUAGUCCGAACAAUUGGAGGAGACCUGGUGGAAAAGGUUGAUCUUAUAGACAAGUUUGAACAUCCAAAGACCAACAGGACCAGCCACUGUUACCGCAUCACCUAUCGCCACAUGGAACGGACACUGUCCCAGAGAGAGGUCACACACGUCCAUCAGGCUGUGCAGGAGGCCGCAGUGCAGCUUCUGGGCGUGGAGGGUCGGUUUUGAUGUCACCUCCUCUCCCCGCCUGUGGCCCUCCCAGGGCUCCAGGAUUUGCUGAAAGAGGAAAACCUAUUGUUUGUGACCUGGAACGUCAGUCAUCUGUUGGUAAAUGGUCAGUUUGAGGACUUGAAAUAAAGGAUCGCUCUUGAAGGCGU